CUUUGUUGUGAAGUUGCGGAAAGUGGGUUGAAGGCAGCAACAGAUUCUGUGGUCUGGGUCUGGAGAUGGAGAGAUGGAGGAGGCGGAGGCUUACCAGAAAGACAGACUGGUCUGUCUGCCGCGCGAGGAGUCGUUUAAGAGGCGCGCUGACAGGGGACACACGACAAAUGGGGCAGUCUAAGCGAGUGUUAUCUCCAUUUAGCGCCGGUAUCAUCAAAGCUGCGUCAUCACGGGAAAAGUUUGGGGGGCUGUGCCAACGGCGAAUAAAUGUAAACAAACCGAUGUAAACAUGAGUGAAUGCGAGAUAUAUUGAAUAUGAAUGUAACUAAUUUAUACAGUUUGUAUUCAUUCUUGUAGAUAAAGCGCAUUACAGCAAUCCAAAUGUUAUGACGCCUUUAUUCCGCAGUUUGGUUUAGUGGCGGCUCUAUGAUAGCGAUUAGCGAAAUCCUGCUCCUCCCCCAAGGUCUCCCUCCACCACGAAGCUUCUAUCCUCAGCACAACAAAUAUCUGUACUCAUGCGAUAACCACCAUCACUUUCAAUGGCUCUAUGUCUAGCAUAGGCUUCAAUCGAACGCCAGGCUGAUGUCUUCCACGCGCGUUGUGCUCCGUCGCAACGGCCCCGCUCUUCGCAACCUACAGCUCCUUAGACCGUCAUCCUUAUCUGCCCAGCAAGUCUGCGCGCGCAACUAUGCCGCCGUCGUAACACCGUCCAUAACACCCACAACACCAUUCUCGGGUUCAUACCCACUUCCUCAGCCCGAAGGCGGCGGAAAAGACUACAAGCCCCCCGAUGAGCGCACCCUCAAGCUAGGCAAGACCCUACGCACACUCCAACCCCUCCUCCCCUCCCUCCUCCUCACGCCCCUCCCAACUGCCAUCCUCUCCCCCCAAAUAACACUCCACCUCUUCCCCUCGACCCACCCCCACCUCCCCGCCGUCCACGGCCGCGUCGCCUACAUCGCCGCCGUCUGGACGUCCCCCAUCGCCUGGGGCCGUGUUCCCAUAAUCGGCAACGUGCGUCUCGAGAUCCUGUCCGAGCGAAUGGUGAAGUCCCCCAGCCCCGCGGGAUUCGAUCCUACCAGCGUAGCCCCGCGCGAGCAGCUGGUCGUGCGAUGGCGAACGAUUGGCAAGAAGAUCGGGGGAGGGGACAAGGUUGCAACGAGGGCGGAGGAUGAGUUUACGGGGUUGUUUAUUUUUCAGUUUGAUGAAGAGGGGAGGAUUGUGAAGCAUGUUAUUGAGCAUGUGCAGGAGGGGGGGAAUUGGGAGAAGGGGGUUGGGGCGAGGGUGGUGGGGUUGACGGAUUGGUUGUUGGGGGGGAGGAAUAAGGAGCCGGAGGGGUCGUUGGCGCCGUGUUGUUCGACGGUGGGGAAUUAGAUGGUGAGAGAGAGGGGAGUAGAUGGGGCGGGUGGAUUUGUAUGAUUGAAGACGGACAAGCGCCACGACGACCGCAGGCUUGAUGUUUUGAUAUGGGGUUUUUUUGGGGGAAUGGGGUCUUGGGAAAGGGUUGGCAUACCUGGUUUUUGCGCUGUCGUUUCUGUACACGUACUGUAUAUAUUAUAAACACUCCUCACACACUAGCUGGCAGCAUUAUUGAAACAAGAAGC